AUGAAUGACACCCAAGGUCAACCGUCAACUGUCGCCCCAACGUUCAGUAUCGACCCAUCAUCAGCUCCACUCGUCGCGCAAGACGGAUCCGAAAGCCUGGUACCACUGCAAAGCGAUCAACCAAACCAGCCCACGUCCCUCUCACCCAGCAUAUCUUCUAGACAUCGAGCGGCAUCUGACGCGUCGACAUUGACAACAUCAUCUACCAAUGUAAAGGCGGUAUCACCUAAACGACAAGCAGAUUUUGAGAAGAUUUUCGGCGAUAAAUUACUAGCGGAGAACGGUCUGGAUUCACAGGAGGCUGACUUUCUUGAAGUAACACAAACUCAGUCCGCCGAUCUCCAGUCCACUAUUCUUAUCCAUGGUCGUCUCUACCUUACUCGAUACUAUCUUUGCUUCCGAGCAAACAUUCUUGGGGUCAUCACCGAGAGAAUCCAUCCGCUGAAAAAUGUCGUCGCGGUAGAAAAAGGCACAACGGCCAAGUGGAUACAGAACGCGGUGUACGUCAAGGUUGAUGUCGAGGGCGAGGUUGUACAUUACGGGUAUGGAAGCAUGGCGGAUCGAGAUACAAUGUAUGCCCAGACAGUCGAAUGGUGGAGUGUACAAGCGCCGGAAAGGUACGAGUCGUGGAUAAUAUCAAGUACUAGCGAGGAAGAACGAACGACGCCGACAGCUGGUAUGGACCCCAUCAUGGAGAAUGACACUGUGAAGGAUGCAAGUCUUACUGACGCAAAACAUACCUAUGGCACUGGAGAACGACUGAAGGAAUUGGCCAUUGAGGAAAAGAUCCCGCUGGACCUGGAGCAAGCCUACCAACUCCUUUACCACAAUGCGGAAUUUACGAAUCACUUAUAUGUUAAUGUGAAGAAGCUUACUGGCAAGCAGGACCGGAAGAUGACAUAUGUCAUGCACAUGUCAAACCCUUUAGGGCCUUCAAAGUCAGACUGUGUCGGUACGGAAGCGGUCGUUGCUGCCGACCCGAACAAUUCAUACGAGGUGGAGUUUAAAGUCCAAACACGAACGUGCCUUUCUCACACCGAGCUAAACGGCAAUCCUGCUACCCGGAUUCAUUCCACAACUCAAGUCAAUUGGUCCGGAUCCUCUUUCUUGAAGAGCACGAUUACACCAGCAGUCAUCAAGGGUCAGAAAGAGCACUACCGGCAAGUGGUGGACACUGCGUUGCAGUGGAUCAAUUCUCACCGCGAGGACUUUGGCAAAUCGCCCGAAGAAAAAGUCGAAACAGAAGGAAUAAAAGAAAGCCAACAAUCAGUGUCUGUCGAACCAAUCAUAUCUGCGGAGAAAAGCCUGGUGGAUCACGCUGCAGAUAUUCCUAGUAAUCCUAUUAUGAUUGCUAUCUCGGCACUUUGCGCUCUGCUGCUCUUCUUACAGCUCUAUCGAUGA